UUUCUAUAUAUUUUAUUGCUAAAAAUAAACAAUUCUUGAAGGAAAUAAUCAUGAAUAAAUAAGAACACAAACUUCAUAUCUAGUUUCUUUGUUGAGGUUUCUGUUCCUCCUUCAUUCACCUGCACUGUUUUUUUUUCAUCCUUUGAAGAUAAUAAUAAUAAUCAACUCAGGAGAAUUCUUGAUGUUUUGAUGCUGAUUGUAACCAUAUAUCAUAGAAAAAAAGGCUUAAGGAAAAAGGGAGAAAAAAGUGGUUAAAGGCUAGAAGCUUAUAGGGUACUAGAGACUUAGGUUAUUGCUAAAAGGCAAAGUAAACCAAUGGAAGAAAUAUCUUCAAGUGUUGCAGUGCCAUUUACACUUGGAAAUUUGAUUCAAAAGGAUGCUGCAGUUACAACUCAUAUGGAGAUAACCGGGUUGAAGCUUAUGGCAAAUACAGCUGCAGCUUUGAUAUUAAAUCCUACAGUUGGUAAUGAAAACCAUGCUGAUGUUAGUUUGCAACAUCAGAUCACGGUAUCCGCGGAGGUAAAGGAGAAUCAAGUUGGUGCGUCCGUUCUCUCAGAAAUGUUGAUUGAAUGUGAGAGUAAUUGGAUCUUGAGUGAAAGUCAUAACCAGGCUAUAAAGGAUGAUGAGAUCAUGUUAGCUGUGGAUUUUCAGUGCCUGCAUAAUUCAGGCUCUCAAUCUGUGGCAGAUUCACCAAUAAUCGUCACGGUUGGUGAUGAGAUUCAUGGUAAGUUUAGCAUAAACGAGGUACUUCCGGCACUGAAGGCAGAGCAGAAUACGGUUUCUAUUGCAAUGGAUAUUGAGAGAGAAAAUCGAAGCGUGUCAGAAGAGGCUGAUCCAAAACUAUCUGCUAUACUUCUUGAUCAGUUGCCAAAGGAGAACAAAUCAUUGAGAACAAGCAACCAGAAUGGUUUGGAAUUGAGUAGUGGCCCUCUAUGGGGUUCCUCAUCAAUCUGUGGAAAUAGACCGGAGAUGGAAGAUGCUAUUGCUGUCAAACCUCAGUUUUUUCAAGUCCCUUCACAGAUGCUAAUGGAUGACCAUUUGAAUGAAAACACAAAAUACCCACAAGCCCAUUUUUUUGGUGUCUAUGAUGGGCAUGGAGGCUUUCAGGUUGCUAAUUACUGUCAAGAACGUCUACACUCAGCGUUGAUUGAGGAGAUUGAAGCUCGACAGUCAAGUUUGGAUGAAACAAAUGGGAGAAACAAUUGGCAGGAAAAUUGGAAUAAAGUAUUGUUCAAUUGUUUUCAGAAAGUAGAUGAUGAGAUUGAAACUCUUGCUCCUGAGACUGCUGGCUCCACUGCAGUGGUUGCCAUUUUAAAUCAAACCCACAUAAUUGUUGCAAAUUGUGGGGAUUCGAGAGCUGUCUUGUAUCGUGGGAAAGAAGCCAUUGCGUUGUCUUCUGACCACAAACCGAAUCGAGAGGAUGAGAGGGCAAGAAUCGAAGCAGCAGGAGGAAGAGUCAUACAUUGGAAAGGAUACAGAGUUCUUGGUGUCUUGGCCAUGUCAAGGUCCAUAGGUGAUAGAUACUUGAAACCAUGGAUAAUUCCAGAACCAGAAGUCAAUAUGGUGCAAAGAGAGAAAAAUGAUGAGUGCCUUAUUUUAGCAAGUGAUGGUUUAUGGGAUGUAAUGACAAAUGAAGAAGCAUGUGAUAUUGCAAGAAAGCGAAUCCUUCUUUGGCACAAGAAGUAUGGUGACAACGGAGCAACAGUACUUGACAAAGGAGAAGGAGGAGUUGAUCUUGCAUCUCAGUCUGCCGCAGAGUAUCUAUCUAAACUCGCCCUCCACAGAGGAAGCGGCGAUAACAUCUCUGUAAUUGUGAUAGAUUUAAAGGCUGUGAGAAAAUUGAAGAGAAAGACAUAACAUGUUUUUAGCAUGUUGAAAUAUCUUCAUUUAUGCUAUUGGUCUAUGGUUUGUAUUUCAGAAUUAGAACUAUUUAGCCCCUCACUUUUUCACAAAGGGCUAAGUAUGUUAUGUAUGCUAUAAAAUUUUAAGUGUACAAGGUUACUGAAUGAGACUUUUCCAA